AUGGAUCUAACACAAUCAACUAUUCAAAUCUUGGAUCAAUCAUUGAGUAUCGAUACACCUGUUCGUCAAAAUGCAGAGAAUAAUCUUGAAAAAUUAAAAACAACAGAAGGAUUCUCACAGGUAUUACUUAGAAUCAUUGCAAGCAAUGAAUUGAAUAUUGGAGUGCGUCAAGCAGGUGCCGUUUUCCUAAAGAAUAUGACUGUUGUUCGUUGGCGUGGCGCAUUGGAUGCAGAGACUAGAAUGUGUGAUGCCGAUGCCGCUUUCAUCAAGGAGCACAUCCUCGAGGCGUUGGUUCACACUCACAAGCUGAUCAAGAGUCAGAUCGUCUAUAUGAUUGAGAUCAUCGCCAGUCGUGACUUCCCAGAGAACUGGGAGUCACUCUUUAGCAACUGCGUCAAGUAUAUCUCGUCGAACAACAUCGAUCUCCUCAUGGCCGGUCUGUCGGCGUUGAAGGUGGCAAUGAAGAAAUUCCAAUAUAUUCCGGCUGGCGAGACAAGACGUAAGCCGUUAUUCACUAUUUGCGAUGUUCUCUUCCCACUUUUGCAUCAGGUGUUUGCUCAACUCGCUGCGGCACCUGCCAACGCCGCCAACGACAACGUCGCCAUCAUGCAACGAAAGAUCUGCAAGAUCUUCCAUUACACUGUUAAUUUCGAUGUUCCAAGAAUCGUUGUCGAUCCAGCGGUUCUUGCCAUCUGGAUGGAUCAUUUCUUCCGUAUUAUUCGCAUGCCAAUCCCAGAGGACACCGUCGACCAGGAGCCAUCGAAAAACAGCUGGUGGCUUCUCAAGAAAUGUGCAUCGCGUAUACUCAAUUCCCUGUUGAUGAAACAAGGACAACUGAGAAAAUCCGACUAUGAAACCAAGAGAAUGUUGGCCGACCUCUUCAUGACACACUACUCACUCAAAACGAUGGAGAUUUUCCAUCAGGUUUUGACGGAGCGUUCGCAACGUCCAGACGAACCAUUCUCCGAUCGUUAUCUGCUGAAUUUGGUAGAGUAUUUCACUACCUCUAUUGCGUACGGUCGUUUGUAUCCAGUGUUCAAACCGGCAUCGAUGCAAUUCGUUCGUCAGAUUGUCAUGCCCAUUCUCUGCUUCAACGAAAACGAUGCAGAACUCUACGAAGACGAUCCACACGAAUACCUCCGUCAACAGAUGGAUUCCUUCAAGGAAUACUAUUCGUCGCGUGUCGAAUGUAUCAAUUUCCUGAUGAGUUUGGUUGAGAAGCGUGGACGUGAGAAUCUCGAUUCAAUCAUCGCUAUCUGCAUGGAGAUUCUCAAUCGUUACAACUCGUUGCCAGUCAACCAGCGUAAUCCAAAGGAGAAAUACGCUGCAUUCUCUGUUAUCGCAGCGUUGUCUACCUACUUGAAAAAGAUGGAUCCAUACCGUGGAAUGUUGGAGCAAACCAUGGUCACCCAUGUCAUCCCAGAGCUCGUCAAUCCACUUGGCUACUUGCGUGCACACGCCGUCUGGAUCUUCUCAGAGUUCUACAACAUCACCUUCCAAAACCGUAAUAACUUCACCACCGCUCUCCGUGCAAUCGUAGAUCUCAUGAUGGAUCGCGACUUGAUUGUUCGUGUGCGUUCCGGUAUGGCUAUUUGCAACUUGGUCAGAACCAAACAGGGUAUCGAGGAGUUGAGACCGGUGCUUCCACAGCUGCUCGACAAGAUAUUCGAGUUGAUCGGUGAGAUCGAUUCCGAUGACUUGAUUACUUCACUGACCACCAUCGUUCGUCGUUAUAAAACAGAGAUUGCUCCGCUUGCAGUCAACUUUACCAAGCGUCUCGCCGAUACCUUCUUCCGUUUGAUCGAAUCUGAGAAUGAUUCCAGUAUGAUGGCUGCCUCUGAAUGUUUAGUCACCUUCCGUACGCUUAUCGCAGCGAUGGUAGAUGUUCCCAGUGUCUUUAUCCAGUUGGAGCAAAUCAUUGUACCCGUACUUUUCAAGAUUAUCGAUCCCAACUCGAUCAUGUUCUUUGAGGAAGCAAUGAGAAUCUUGACAUUCAUGACAUUCUAUCCAAAGGUUAUCUCACCGACUCUCUGGCAAUUGUUCCCAAAGAUCAUUGAACUCUUCCACGACUCUGCAAUGGACAUGAUCGAUUCGAUGGUCAAUCCACUUGACAACUAUAUCAGCUAUGGAACCGAGCAGUUCUUGGCACCGGGAACACCAUAUCUCGGUAUGAUCACUGGAAUCUAUGAAAAGAUGAUUGGCGACCACCGUACACCAGCCUACGAAUCACAGGAAGCAUGUAAAUUAAUUGAAUCGAUUCUCCAGCGUUGUCGUGGACGUGUCGACAGCAUCAUUCCACCGGUUCUCCAACUGGCCGUCUCCAGACUGCUCAACAAAUCAAAGGAGAACGAAGUAUCGAAGGAGUUGAUUGUCUAUCUUCUCGAGGUCGUAGCCAACUGUUUGUACUACAAUCCAUAUCUCACCGUCGAGUUCUUGGCCAAGAACAACGUCGUCGACCAAAUCUUCACACUCUGGUUCCAACACAUCAAGAAAUUCCAGAGAUUCUACGAUAAGAAGAUCACUGUACUCGGACUGUGCUCACUGCUACAGAUGAAUCCAACACCAGCUUUCGUUCAGCACGGUGCCACCCUGUUGUUCAACAAGAUCAUGGUGUUGAUGAAAGAGAUGUUGGUCAUCGAGAAGCAAAUCGAAAAGGAAGAGGCAGAGCAAGCUAAACUCGACGCAGAGGAUGCCGACGAAGACGAAGAGGAGUACGAAGACGACGACUACGACAUUGGCGAUGACGACGACAUGUACGACGACGACGGUAAUUUCGAGUUGAUCAAGAUCCCCGACGACCAAGAUGCAGACGACCCCGAAGAGGUCUACCUCGAGGACCUCGAGAAUCUCACCAAGCACCUCGAAGCCGGCGGUGAACUCGAGGGUGACGGCGACGACGGUGAGGCAGAAGUCGAAGGUGAAAUCGACAUCGAAGAGGACGACAGCGAAGAGGAACUCUUUGACAACGAACAACAAGGAGGUAGCUUUGAGACACCGAUCGACGAUAUCGAUGAACUCGAAUACAUGGUACUCUCAUUCACCGCUUUCUUCAAUGUAAACCCACAACUUAAAGCCACCAUUUUAGACCAAAAUCAAGAGAACAAGAUAAAGAAAUACGUAGAACUCAUCCCCAUUAGAAAAGCAAAAGAAGCUGAAAUCAGAAGAAAAGAAGAAGAAGAAGAAGCAAAAUUGAAAGCUAAACAUCAUCUAAAAUAA